AUGUGCUGCUGUAAAUGUUUUUGUUUUAGAUUCUUAAGGGACUCUAUUCAUAAACAAACUUCAUGGCGCGAGACAGAACCAACCGUAAUGAAAGCUACCAAAAAAACGGUUUUAUGGUUAAUUUAUAUAGCAUUGGCUCUCUAUUUUUUGGAUUUGCUAUAUAAAUUAGUAUUGGAUAAUCCUCCAAUACAAACAAUUUCUAUUACUGACGCAACAUUCCCCCUUAAGGCUCCAUAUGUUGUAUUUUACGCCCCUUUUGAAUUCAAUGUAACUUGUGAAUUUAAUAAUAUUAAUAAAACUCUCAAGAGCAGCUGCAACGAUUACCUAAAUCAGACAAACGAUCAAGAAUUACUUUACACCCCAUUUUACACCACAUUUCACACAGCAAAUAAACUACUUAACUUCUCUGAUUUCCUCUCUGAGCCUAUUUUUGACAAUGAAUAUAUUGAAUUUAAAUUUUUUCUAACUAAUUCUUCGAAAAAUUCUCUUGGACUGUUUUCGGAUCUGAAAGUUCGCGUGUUUGACCAUGAUACGCCUGAAUUCCUAUCUCGGUAUGAUAAAAAAUUUUCUCUGUUACCUCUGCUUGAGCAAAUAACAGAUAAUUAUUACACUCUUUCUCCAUAUCAGAGAAAUACAAUACGUUUCAGAACAAUCGAAGCUAAGAAUCUUAAGUAUACUGUAAAGAAUUUCUUUAGUAUUCCUAAACCUAAUAUGCAGGAUCUUAACAGCAUCGAAACAACAUUUCAAACAUCAAAUUUUCCAUCUACGGAUUUCUCGAAUAUAACGAAAUCAUUAAGUCCAGAUUUAUCAUUUUAUACAUAUAUGAGUUUAUCAUUGUGGACUAAUUUGAAAGAAAUUAAAGGAGAAAAAAA